AUGAGUCUGACCUCAGUCACAGAAAUCGAUUUUCGUACCUACGUGGCGCAGGCGCGCAUGUUUCUCGAGGGAGAACGACGGUACUAUGCGCUUGACCCGCCUGGAGGCUCAGGCCCGUGUGUGUAUCCCGCAGGACAUCUUUACAUCUUUGCUGUGUUAGAUCGAUGGACUGAUAGUGGGGCAUACCUGCUCCCAGCACAGCUGGCGUUUGGCGGUCUAUAUCUUGCUACCAGUCUUGUUGUAUCUCGCAUCUAUGAUAUGGUUGGUGCACCGCCUGUGUUGUUUCUGUUCCUCGUUCUCUCCAAGCGCUUGCAUUCCAUUUAUAUGUUACGCAUGUUCAACGAUCCUGUGGCCAUGUUGGCCAUGUAUAUAUGCAUGUACUUGCUGUGCUGCAGGAAAUGGAGCGCUGCAUGCUUCGCGUACUCAAGAAUUGCACUUUCUGUCAAAAUGAAUGUAUUGCUGUACUUGCCGGGCCUAAUGGUCGUAUUGUUUCGUGCUUGGGGCGCAUGGCGCACGGUGGUUUCGCUAGUUAUCAUUGUGGGCGGAACACAGGGGCUGUUAGGUCUGCCCUUUUUGCUUCAUGAUCCGUUCGCAUACUUGAAAGGGUCGUUUGAUUUCUCCCGUGUGUUUUUAUAUGAAUGGACGGUCAACUGGCGCUUCCUGGACGAAAAGACAUUCUUAAGCGCUUCUUUCUCGCACUUGCUUCUGAGUCUUCACCUGUUGUUGCUUCUUCUAUUUGGUUUGUGUCAGUGGACUGGUAUAUCUAGGCAAGGUUGGCGGUGGAUCUCUCUGCGAUGGUGCGGUGAUUCAGUGCCCAUGUCGCCCUUUUGUAAGUCACGAGUCUAA